UAUCCCCGUCAGGAAACAUGAUAUUACCAAUGUUACAUGGAAAGUCCCUCAGAACGGUGCCAGAUAAUCGCCUGCUGUGACCGCAACACCGCACACCACCUACCUUCACACUUCCAAUCAAGUUAUUAUACAUAUCUGACCGCUGACACCAUAACCGCUGACCCAUAACUGAUAUUUACUUACUAAUACUUCUCUCGUCGUUAUAUCUCAUUACCACCUCUCUGCAGCUGCUCCGCAUACCACGACCGGAUAUAAAUCAGUUUAGCUCACAGUUUGAGGCUCAUUACUGUCAGUACGAAUUAGGAAUACAGAAUGAAAGAAGCGAAGGAGAGACAUUUGUUCGAGGAGCAUUAUCAGAUAUGUGGGCUGCUGGGUCGGGGAAGGUUCGCCACUGUGUACAAGUGCAUGCACAAGGAAACUAAACAAUAUUUCGCUGCGAAAAUCGUGCAGAAGCAGCACCCUCGGGUUGACAUGGAGGCAUCUAUACUGAACUCAUUUCGUCAUAACAAAAACAUAGUGUCUUUAUAUGAAGUGUAUCAAGAUUCCCGCGAGUCAGUUCUCAUACUGGAGCUGGUGCCCGGUGGGGAGCUUCUGUACAUCCUGGGCACAGUUAUUUUGACUGAAUACGACAUGACCCACGUGAUAAAACUGCUUUGCUCCACGCUCUAUUGUCUACACUACAAACACAUCGUCCACAUGGAUAUUAAACCAGAAAACAUUCUCAUUUGCAAUACCCUACACAAGCCCGCUAAACCUGCCAUGAGGCUGGUUGACUUUGGUUUCGCUAGAGUUCUCCAAAACAAUCGCCCCGGAAAUAUAGAACCAAUCCGGGGGACACCGGAGUUCCUUGCCCCGGAAAUGUUGCGUUGCGACGACCUGGACGUGGUGACGACUGCAGUGGACAUGUGGUGUGUGGGUGUCACCACCUACAUCACCCUCACCGGCAUAUCACCCUUCCAGGGAGAGACUGCCUGUGAGACCGUGGCUAGGAUCCUACACUGCGACUACUACUUAGGAGAUGAUCUGUUCGGUGGGUACUCACGUGAUGCAGUAGACUUUAUAUCAAAACUCUUAGUGCCCUCACCUCGGGCCAGAAUGACAGCUGCGGAGUGUCUCUCUCACCCCUGGCUGUCUAAGAAGAAGCGCUCUAAACAAAGACAAUACCCUCUUAGUCAACACGUGCUGUCGAGUGUCCGCGCGGCGCUCUCAGAACGGGUCAUUAGCGAUAGCAUGAGCAUGUUGAAACUUAACUUGAGGGAAUUGUCACAGUGUAGUGAAUCUAAUAUCAAGCCGUCCACUAUUGACCGGAAUUACAAAAGUAGUUACAAGUAGGCUGAGAAGAAUGUUCUAGCAUGUUUUAAUAUCAUAAGUUGUUUUUUUUUUCUUUUUAUUCGAGUUUUUGUACAGUUUGAGAAUAUGAGGAUCGUUUUGAAUAUUGAUUAUAUCUUCAAGUACAACUUUUUGGUUUCA